CGUUAGUGUUCGAGAGAUCGCUCUCCGUUGUUGACAGAUGAUAAUUUGACGUUAGCCGCACAGGUUGCUUUGUUUUGCUGCGAAGAUGCUGCGGCUCGAGAUCGUUUCAUUCCGUGUUGUGCUGUUUCUUGCCUUUCUCUGCACUGCUAAGGCCGGACUACCGCUGGUGGCGACUACUUGGGGGUUCACCAAUGCCACUUUGAGAGCAUACCAAUCCCUGACGGUGGGAGAGUUUGAUCCGAUCGAGGCGCUGGUGGAGGGAUGCAGCGUGUGCGAGCGGGAGCAGUGCGAUGGGACGGUCGGGUUCGGUGGCAGCCCGGACGAGAACGGCGAAACGACGCUGGACGCGAUGCUGAUGGACGGGAAGACGAUGGACAUCGGGGCGGUGGCGGCGUUGCGCGACGUGAAGCAUGCAGCCGAGGUGGCCAAGUAUGUGCUGCGGAACACCAGGCACACGCUGCUUGCCGGCAGCCAGGCGACGGACUUUGCCGUCAUGAUGGGCUUCAAGCGAGAGUCGCUCCAAACGGACGCGUCCAAGAGUAUGUGGAGCGCGUGGAAGAAUAAUCACUGUCAGCCAAACUUUUGGAAGAACGUGAUUCCUUCUCCAUCAAUGUCUUGUGGUCCGUAUGAACCAGUGUCCGCCAACUCCGUCCAACCGGACCUUACCGCAGAGCUUUCUUCCGAUCGAUCUGGGUAUGAUUUCGGACAAUACAACCACGAUACGAUUAGCAUGAUCGUAAUUAACGAAGAAGGACACGUGGUGGCAGGAACGUCAACGAACGGAGCACGCCAUAAGAUCCCCGGCCGGGUGGGAGACUCCCCAAUACCGGGGGCAGGAGCGUACGCAGACGCCGAAGUGGGGGCAGCAGUAGCCACCGGGGAUGGAGACGUUAUGAUGCGCUUUUUACCUUCCCUGCUGGCCGUGGAGGCGAUGCGUAAUGGUGUCGAUCCAACUGAGGCUGGACAGCAGGCGAUUGCAAGAAUUGCCAAGUACUAUCCAUCGUUCGUCGGAGGGAUUGUCGUUGUGACGAAGGAAGGGAGGUAUGGGGCUGCUUGCCAUGGGAUGAACGAGUUCCCAUACUCGGUGGCCGAUGGCACCGAAGCCAAUGGAGCCGUGCGUGUACUAACCGUCAAAUGCUAACCGGUAUAAAGGGAUUAAAGGAGGAAUUACAUUCGCUACAACAUCGAGUACGACUAAUCGUGCCAAGCCGGAAUCCACCCCUAAAGUUCGAGCAGCAAUUAAUACAAUCAUAAUAAAAUUAUCGUCAUCAAAAUUUUAAAUCCACUUUACGGUCGCGUUGAUCCGGGGCGAUUAUGUUGUAUUCAUUACAAGGCGAUAGCCUGACACCGGCGAUAACUUUUAACAGACGCGGUAACGUGCGGGCAGGCGAAAUCAUCAAUCGUAAUCCAAUAAAAGGAUCCACCUUCGGGGCUUGUUUUGAGCAAUCCGGCUCGAGCACACGCGACACGAUGGGCUUUCUCGUCUUGUCGGUGUCGACGUUGUCGCUCGUCUUGGAGCAGACGGGCAAACAAUCCUUUGUGUCCCGGUUCUGGAGUAACCCAAAUGCACUGAGGCAGCACACCAGUCUCCCAGGCUCUAUCCCAUUCUGUAGUGUGUGCAGAGACUAUGGUCCAUAUCUUCGUUUUUUUUUUUUGUUUAAGGCAAGCAUACCAAACAUGCACUCGCUCAGCGAAAUAUAAACAUCGAAAUCUGUGUUGAAUGUGUUGAAAAUAGGGAU